UAGUGUGGACACCAAAUCUCCUUCUGAACUACCACACAGAGACCCAGGCCCUACCACACACAGACCCCUACCCACACACAACAUACCCGGACACCCUCUGAAGCACCAGAGCGUGUGGAACUGAGUGAGCGCUAGCAGCAUGAAGACGGGGGUGGCUGCCCUGGUCGGGGGCAUCGUGGGGGGCCUGGGCCUGCUCUGCUUCCUGGUGGCGUUUGGCACCGACUACUGGCUCCUGGCGAGUGACGACUGUUACAUUGACGACGGAUUUGGCCCGGUGACGACGCUGGCUCCUGGUCAUGUUGACCUGGUGACAACACCAAUAGUCCAGGUGACAACGGCAAUGGACCUGGGGACAACAGCAAUAGACCAGGGAACAACUGCCGUGGACGAGGGGACAACUGCCGUGGAUCAGGGGACAACUGCGUUGAACCAGGGGACAAUGCUAAUAGUCCAGGGGACAACUGCCGUGGACCAGGGGACAAUAGCGGUGGCCCUGGUGGCAACAGCAGAACCACAAACUAACGCGGCGGACACCUCAGACGCUGCCGCUGCCCAAACUAGCGCCUUGGAGGCCUCGGCCAACCCGACCCUGCCCAGCUUCCCAGCAGCAGAGCGGCAGGUGGAUCUGGUGACUCCGCACAUGGUGACUGAGGCUCCGCGUGUGAACCUGCAUCACGAGGGCUUCUUCUGGCGCUGUUUCUUCCAAGGAGAUGCCUCCACACAUGUCAUCCUGGCAGUGCUCUUCACUAAUCAGCCUGCCUCUAAGGACUGUAUCCAUGGAUACCUCUUCCCGCUGCCGGUUGCCAUCGGGCCAGUUCCUCAUCCUGACUUCGACAGUGCUGCAGUGUUCCGUGGCUUCUGGACGGUCUUCAUCAUCGUAGCGUUGGUUGCGGGGCUGGUGGGCGGCUUUCUGCUGGUGUGCGCCGUUCCCUUUACCAGCCCCAAGCUCUACAGGCUGGGAGGCAUCUUCCUCAUUAUUGCAGCAAGUCUCUUCCUGCUCCUGGUGGUGUUGUUUGUGCUGUGGAUGGAGCUGGCGGACAUGCGUGGCUACGUGCUCCAGGACAGGGGCCGCCUGUGUCCCGACCUCCAGCCCGAGGCGCACUACGGCUGGUCCUUCAUGCUGGCGGCGGCAGGCAUCCCCCUGGUCCUCCUCUCCGGCCUGCUCUUCUACUUCAUCAGCAGGCAUUUACAGAAAGACACUGAGUGACACUCUGGCUCACUACAACAGCACACUUAACACAGUAUAUAAUCGUGAUUGCAGUUUGAAGGUGUGGUGAUUUUUGUACACAUUUCUCAAUUGUGAAGAGAAAGUAAAUUGAACUCUGAGGGCUGCAUUCUUUCAAGGCCGCAUUGCUGAUGAUGUUUUUCUGCAUUCAAAUUCCUUCUGGACUCCAGGAGGAUUUCAACAUUGUUUGGCAGCAAAAUGGCCUGAACUGAAAAGAAGGCCUAUGAGAGGGGCGGCUUGGGCUGAGGAUUGGGGCGGUGGGGGGUGUGUGUUUGUGAGGUAAAUAUCCUUGCAGGGGAUGCUUACAGUGAUGUGUGACAGCGGGUAACACACAUGAGGGUAGUUGUACAGGGGUGGGUGAGUGUGUGUGUGUGUGGGGCUGGGGGGGUGUAUGGGACACAAAGACACAAUGUUGCUGUGUCUCUGCGACUUUCAGCUACUGAGCCCAUUGAAACGCAUACAAUAGCCAUUCUAUGGAUACUACGGGCUCCGUCAGGCCAGCAGGGAAAUGACUGUGAGCAGGACUAUGCUGUUCAAAGCCAAAGCACGGUGCGGAGGCUCCUCUUGGGCUCUUGAAAUCUUUGAAUGUUUAACAAAAGCUUUUGGUGAAGGUUACUCAGUGCCUACAAUGUGUCUUUGAAUAUGAGGACAAAACAAAGUUAAUGUUGAUAUAACUGAUGGAGACAUUUAAUAUAUAUAUAUAUAUUUCUGUCUAAUUAAUUAUAGAAAGUUAGAUUUAUAGUGUAGGUCCUAGGUUUGUUUUUAUUGGCAUGAAUGCAUUUUUGGAAUAAAGAAGUAAAAUAAUAAAUACAUUCAAAAUGAAGGAAAUUUACCAACUCACAAUUUAUUCACCAAGUAUACAGAAUUUUCUAAGAUUGUGUUGUUUGUUUUAGAAACAGACAGGUAUCCAAUGGAUUUUGUGAUCAUAAUAAAUGCCAAUAUUCUUUACGCAGAUUAGUGUCACCUUAUGUCUGUAAGGUACAGUAGUUAGUGUGACAUAAUAAGUCUGUUGCUUUCCCCAUUUGGUGUAUGAUGAUGUAACAUUGUAUGACUCUCACAGCAAGAUCUUCUAAGAAUAAAA